CCAAUCUUUCUCCAAAUUCCCGUAGAAAUCUUAGCAAAAGUGUUAAAAAACGAAACAGCGAAUUAGAAAAGCCACGAGAUUCUUGGAUCAGCUUCAUAAAUUCGACACCGGAAUGAAUAUUCUUCUGAUUACAUUUGCUCCGUAAUCAAUCGCUAACUUGUUCCAAACAGUUGUCCUUUCAAUGGGUGAGACAGAGGUGACCAAGACAAGCGUAGACAUCGACAAGAACGAGAGAAAUGGGCACCUCAAGCCCAAGGCCUUUAAUCUGGCGUUUUCUAAAGCUUUGUUGCAGGUUCCUCACAAGCUGCAAAAUUGCCUAAAGUCGCAGCUCAAGAGACUAGCAAAGGAUGAUGGAGUGAAAAAGGUGAGCUCUGUUCCUAAAAAGGCUGCAUCUUUGGAGGUUGACCUCGAGAAGCAGUUGCAAGCAUGGAGAGAAAAUCCUUCUUGGGUUGAUCAACCACCGUAUAUAAAGGUCAGUGUACCAAAAGGUUCUCUUUGCAACCUGAGUGUAAACGUCAAUGUUGGUUUACCCCCAGACGCAGUAUAUAAUAUUGUAACUGACCCCGACAAUAAGAGGGUUUUCAAAAAUAUUAAGGAAGUGAUAUCAAGAAACGUUUUGGUUGAUGAAGGUCAUAGGCAGGUGGUUGAUCUGGAGCAGGCAGCUAUAUGGAAGUUUCUUUGGUGGUCAGGGACCAUUGCGGUUCGUGUUUUAGUAGAUCAAAACAGAAAAGACCACUCAAUGAAGUUCAAGCAAGUCAAAACAGGGUUUAUGGAGAAAUUUGAAGGCUACUGGAGAGUCGAACCUCUUUUUGUCGAUGAAAAAACCUGCUUUCCGUUUAAACCCAGGACGUGGGCAGAUUAUAAUUCUUGCACAGGAGGCAAAGGAAGGAUUGGUUCAAAGGUGAGCUUGGAGCAACUGAUCCAACCAACUAUAGUUCCACCUCCACCGAUUUCAUGGUACCUAAGGGGAAUCACCAGCAAGACUACUGAGAUGCUGAUAAACGACAUGCUUGCUGAAGCUGCCAGAUUACGAGGAGAAUUAAAUCCUGGAGAGUCUAAUAAAGAGAUUGAAAUGUCUCAGGAUGGGCAAGUACUUAGUCAUGUUGAUAAUGUAUCUAACAUCAAAGAAAGAUGGGCCCUUCAUAGGAGGAACGCAAAGCAAUGCCAUCGGAGGCUACCGCCUGUCAAAUGAUCGAAUUCUGUUGAGUUAGUAAGCACUUCUCUGUAUUCCUUAUUAAUGGAAAUUGAUAUGUAAUAGAUCCGUCUAUAUUUCAUUUCGUUUUAUCCAUCAAGUGUAGUGGCCUUAGCGCCGUGUAGCAACUCCUCUCCCUUUCGAUUUUUCGAUGAGGGUGGAGGAUGAGAUCGAGGAUGAGUAUUGCCUGUCAGAAACUACUUGUUGUAUCUGCCUUGUAAGCUGAGUUAAUGCCGUAAUGACAUUGAAAGAAGCUGCUAUAAAUUACAC